AUGCUGUGCGGCAUACAAGCUUGCCUUGUCUUUGGUCGACGCAACAGAGGACGGGUAAUUACCUUGUGCCCAUCAUCAUUCUCCGAUUCCCUUGUUCGCUGCACGUCAAGCGCAGACUUUGUCACAAACGUUAUCGAGAAGAGCAAAGACGCAGCCGAAAAGGAACCCACCAGUCUGUCGGUUCAGCAGAGAUAUAACCGCUUAGCUAAUACGAGGACAAAACAGCUCACAUCCUAA